CCCGGCAAUGUGCUCAUGCUCUUCCCCUACUCCGUGCAAUCUUAUAUGCGAGAAAUUGAAUUGACCAACGGAAAACCUGAACGUGUUGAUGUACUGCUUAAAGACUACUGUGGAAAUGGAGUUGAAAACAUGAUGACGUCUCCUAGAAAAAAGAAUGAUCCUAUUUAUAUUCACCUACCGUUCCCUAAUACCAAGAUCCAGACUGUGGAAGCAUCCACUAGGAUCUCAAAUAUGAAGCCCCUCGAUGAUUCAGACGGAGAGUUCUCGUCCUCAUGCAGUAGCGAAGUAUCUGAUGUCGAGAAUAUAAGCUCGAAUCCAGAUACACUGGAUAGCCACGUGUUUAUCGAUCUCUGUUGGAAUUGCGGUAGCGAAGUGUUUUACACCGAUACCAUGGCACCAGGUUUCGAAUGUCAAGACUGCGGGGUUCCAAAUUAAUAUGUGACUGAGCACUCGGGCGGAUAGAGCCUGAUAAAGGAUACGAACAGUAUUUCCGUAUUGUCGCGGGGGAACAUUUUUACAACGUAGGACGUACCUAUCUAC